CGCGGGUUGAUUCUGCGGGCAUUGGAGCGGUGUUCUGCGCGGGCCAGGGCCUGUCUCGGGGAUUUAAAGUCCCACUUCCAGAAAUCUCAACACAACUUUGGAGCCCCGAUUCGAAAUGAAUCCCAAACUUUUCAGGACAUGAAGUAAACCAUGGAUAAUUGUUCCACUGCGUCGACCUUCCUGACUGACAGCUUAGAGUUGGAGUUGGGAACAGAAUGGUGCAAACCGCCUUACUUUUCUUGUGAUUUUGAUAAUAGGGGAGGAGGAAAACAUUUUUCUGGGGAGUCCUACCUUUCCAGUGGAGCUCUUAAACGACUAAUUUUGAAUCUUGAUCCUUUACCAACUAAUUUUGAAGAAGAUACAGUGGAAAUAUUUGGUAUUCAGUGGGUUACCGCAACAGCAUUAGUGAAUUCAUCUAGAGUGCUCUUUCAUUUAUUCAGGCAGCAGCUAUACAACUUGGAAACAUUAUUACAGGCUAGCUGUGAUUUUGGAAAAAUAACAACCCUGCACUGCAAAGCAGACAACAUUAGGCAGCAGUGUGUAACAUUUCUUCAUUAUGUUAAAGUUUUCAUCUUCAGAUACCUGAAAGUGCAAAAUGCUGGGAGUUAUAUGCCUGUCCAUCCUUAUGAGACUUUGGAGGCUCAGCUUCCCUCAGUUUUGGUUGAUGAACUUCAUGGAUUACUGUUGUAUAUUGGACAUCUAUUUGAACUUCCCAGUACUAAUCCAGGAGCAUUUGUAAAUCAAAAUGAGAUUAAGCUUUUCCCACCAUCGUGGCAUUUAUUACAUCUGCAUUUAGAUAUCCAUUGGCUUGUACUGGAAAUUCUUCACAUGCUGGGUGAAAAAUUGAAACAAGUCGUAUAUGGUCAUCAGUUUAUGAAUCUGGCAAGUGACAAUUUGACCAGUAUCAGUCUAUUUGAAGAACAUUGUGAAAAUCUCCUUUAUGAUUUAAUAAGCCUAUCACUCAACAGGUAUGACAAGGUUAGGCCACCUGAAGCAUUAAGGAGUCACCACUGCCCAUGUACAUGUAUAAAAGAAUUAUGGGUUCUACUCAUUUAUCUUCUUGAUCACAGAAGUAAAUGGUCUCUCUCAGAAUCAUUUUGGAACUGGUUGAAUAAACUACUUAAAACACCCUUUGAAAAGUCGUGUGACCGAAGAAGUUCUUCUGUGACUGUAAUCCACCCUAGAGAUCCACUAGGUUUUAGUUGGUGGAUUAUUACUCAUGUAGCUUCAUUUUACCAGUUUGAUCGCCAUGGAGCACCAGAUAAUAUGAGACAUAUGGAGUCAAACUGGAACUUUGUAGAAGAACUAUUGAAAAAGUCUGUCAAUAUUCAGGAUGGUAUACUAGAAGAACAGUUGCGAAUGUAUCUUCACUGUUGUUUGACACUUUGUGAUUUUUGGGAACCAAACAUUGCAAUUGUCACAACUCUGUGGGAAUAUUUUAGCAAGAACCUGAAUAGUUCUUUCAGUAUUUCUUGGCUUCCUUUGAAAGGCCUUGUAAGUAUUGUUAAGUCACCCUUGUCUAUGAUAGAAAUGGUGAAGACCUGCUGUUGUGAUAAACAAGACCCAGACCUCUAUAAGUCCAGCAGUAGUUAUACCAUUUUCCUCUGCAUUUUGGCUAAAGUUGUUAAAAAAGCAACAAAGAACAAUGGUCCUCACCCUUGGAAACAAGUCAAAGGCAGAAUAUAUUCUAAAUUCCAUCAAAAAAGAAUGGAAGAACUAACUGAAGUUGGUCUGCAGAACUUUUUCAACCUUUUUCUACUGUUAGCAGAUGUUGCAGAGCUAGAAGAUGUAGCAAGUCAUGUUUUAGACCUCCUGAAUUUCCUCAAGCCUUCCUUUAUGACAUCUCCUCUAAUUUGGAAGGGUCAGAUGGCCUUCCUCUUGAUGUAUACUGAAAAAAAUCUGGACAUUGGUGUUUUGGCUGAGAAAUUUUCAGGUGCUUUCCGGGAGAAAGCAAAGGAAUUCUUAGUAUCUAAGAAUGAUGAGAUGGGACAGAGACGGACUCUCUGGACACUUCUUUCUAUCUACAUUGAUGGUGUUCAAGAAGUGUUUGAGACCAGCCAUUACUUGCAUCCAUCCCAUGAAAAACUGCUCAAUGAUGGAUUUAGUAUGCUUCUGCGAGCUUGUCAAGAAUCUCAACUUAGAACAGUGUUAAAUUUUCUACAGGCUGUUCUGGCCAGAAUCAGGAGUAUGCAUCAACAAUUGUGUCAAGAACUUCAAAGGGCGAAUGGAAACCUGAUUGUACAGUCUUCAUUAUCAGCUAAAGAGCGCCACCUUGCUGCAGCUGCCAGUGCCCUGUGGAAACAUUUCUUUUCAUUUUUGAAGAGUCAGAGAAUGUCACAGAUUGUACCGCUCUCACAACUUGCAGAUGCAGCGGCUGACUUCACUUUGCUGGCAAUGGACAUGCCGAGCACAGCUCCAUCAGAUCUUCAACCUCAGCCAGUUAUAUCAAUGAUACAACUUUUUGGUUGGGAUGAUAACAUCUGGCCUGAAGUUGUAGCAAGAUAUUUAAGUCAUUUCCUACAAAACAGCGUGUUAUGUGAAGCACUUUCUCAUUCAAACUGUGUAUCCUUUCAAGCCUUAACUGUAAGAUCGUGGAUACGCUGUAUUUUGCAAAUGUAUGUGAAAAGCCUCAAUGCUACUGAUGAUUUGUACAUUGAUAUAAACCCUGAACAGGCAGUUGAGAAAGACUAUGUGGAUCAACUGACUGAACUGACAAGGUUGCUAUUUAAACUCUCAGAAGUAAAGAAUAUUUUCUCAAAAUCUCAAGUUGAAUGUUUAUCCAUACCAGAAGACCCUCAAAAAGCACUUGCUCUAUUCUUUGAGGCUGUUGGUGUAACUUACAGUAAUCUGCAGACACUUUCUGAUAAAUCUGCCAUGGUCACAAAGUCUUUAGAAUAUCUUGGUGAAAUACUAAAAUAUAUAAAACCUUAUUUGGGGAAAAAGAUUUCCAGUGCAGGACUGCAGCUGACUUACAGGAUGAUGGGAACGCUUGUUAAAUCAUGGGCACAGAUCUUUGCUACCUCUAAAGCCCAAAAAUUACUAUUCCGGAUUAUAGAUUGUUUAUUGCUGCCACAUACAGUGUUACAGCAAGAGAAGGAGCUGCCUGCACCUAUGUUGACUGCAGUUCAGAAGAGUCUUCCUUUGUAUCUCCAGGGUAUGUGUAUCGUGAGUUGUCAGUCUCAAAAUCCAAAUGCCUAUUUGACUCAAUUGCUAGGGAAUGUUAUUGAGCAGUAUAUUGGCCGAUUUCUUCCAGCUUCACCACAUGCUUUAGGUUUUGGACAACAUCCUGUUUUGUUGGCAUUGAGAAACUCAGCCACUGUUCCAUUGAUGUCAUCCCUAAGGAAAUGCAUUGUACAAGUCUUAAGGAAAUCCUAUUUUGAGUAUAAAGGGACCUUGCUCCCACCUCGUUUAGCAUCCAUUUUGGCCUUUAUCCUGCAACUGUUCAAAGAAACUAACAUAAACAUUGCUGAUGUUGAACUUCUUCUCCCUGGUGUCUUAAAAUGUUUGGUGUUGGUCAGUGAACCCCAAGUUAAAAGGCUGGCCACAGAGAACCUGCAAUACAUGGUAAAAGCCUGCCAAGCGGGGUCAGAAGGAGAACCUGCCGCCCAGCUGACUUCUGUGUUUAGGCAUUUUAUCCAGGAUUAUGGUAUGACAUACGAUUAUCAGAUUUACAGCCUUUUAGAAACAGUGGCAGCACUGGACCAGCAGGUUGUUAUCCACUUGAUUUCUACCCUCACUCAAUCGCUUAAGGACUCAGAGCAGAAAUGGGGUGUUGGCAAAAAUAUAACACAAAGGGAAGCCUAUAGCAAACUUUUAUCCCACCUAGGACAAGUAGGACAAGCUGAGAUACAGAGACUGAAAAACGACAUCUAA